GCUGGUCUUUUGCAGUGACUGAAAAUGUGGACCAGCGUAGAGGUAUAAAAUCGCGCUGGUGCGUUUUGAAGGUAAACGCGCGCUUUGUCACGAUGCUGCGGGCGGACGCCGCGGGGUUGGAACGGAGGCGACUGCAGCUCUUGUUGCUCGCGUACACGUACGUCUGCUCCCUCGGAGAUUGCCUUUUCGUGACUGAUUAUUUCACCCGGACGCCUCGCAAACUGAAUGCUUUCCGGUCAUUCGCCAGCGUGGAGCUCUUCCACUUUAAUGUGCCUGAUGACACCGUGAUUGCCGUUUGGAACCUCAUCACAUUCAAGGAGCAGGGAGGGACGUUUGGAGACAGCUGUCCCGACCGCAACGUGACCGUGUAUUUCAGAUCUGGAGCUCCGCCAGUCAUCAACCCCCUACAGACACGUUUCCCGCGGGACACCGUCAUUCCCGGGUCAUUUGCGGUCACCCUGACGUGGACACUGCCAAACCGGACCACUGGAGUGUUUAAUGUCACCAGCCCCCUGCCUGGAGACUGGUUCCUGGCCGCACAUUUGCCAAAGGAUGAGGGGAAAAUUUCCGUCAAGGGACUCUAUGAAGAAUGCCAGUACCUCUUCCAGCCGCAGCUCAUCGUCCAGAAGCUGAUUGGAAUUUCUGUGCUGUAUCCUGGAUACUUCAUUGAUCAGAUGAUUCCUGCUCACAACAAAUCAGUUCUUUACAAGGUUUUCAUUCCAAACUACAUCUCCAGUGUGAAGGUGCAGCUGGUGGAUUGUAACACGAGGAACAAGAGUGUGGACACCUGCCCUGUGUUGCUGAAGGUCAGAGCUCGAGCACCACCCCUGCACAACUCCACCUCCCGGGCCUGCCGCAAGUCGAGCUCCUGCGAGCUGGAAAGCCCUCUGCCCUCCUGGGAGCAGUGGUACUAUGUUCUGGUGGAGAGAUACCAGGGAAACGUCAAUGUUUACUUCCGCAUCGGAGUCCACGUUAAAGAUUGUUCCAAGCCCAGCACUUCAAAGGGGUCCUCGGCCAGUUCUGCCCUCAACAUGCCCCAGUCCUUUGGCGCAGCCAUGGGAUUCUCUUUGUCUGAGACACUGCCAGCAGCUGGCAUGCCAAACCUGAUCCAGAAUGGCUCAGAAAAGGGUUCUGUUUUCAUGUCAGAAGACAGCAUCACUUACUUGGCUCCCACUGCUGACACCAAUAAGUGCUGGCCUAUCCGUCCGACUCUGCGCAAUGAGCUGGACACCUUUUCUGUGCACUUCUAUAUCUUCUUCGGGCCCAACAUCUCGGUCCCUCCAGACAAGGCUGCUGUGUUUGCCAUCAACCUGAUGCCCGUUCUGGACAGCGGAGGUGUCCUCAAUAUGGAGCUCAAACUUAAUGUGUCUUCCCUGAAAGGAGAAAACGUCACAGUGUUUGGCUGUUUGAACCACAGGAUGCCCUUGUCACUGACGGACAAUUCAACUGUUAAAUGUGAAUCAGAGUCCAUCGCAGGGUUCCUCCUGUCCGUGAACGCCACUUCCAACGUCACCAAGCUGCGCAUUCCCUACCCCCAGACGGGCACAUGGUACCUGAGUCUGCGCUCCCUCUGUGCCACCGAGCAUGGAUUUGAAGCGUGCAACAAUGUGACAGCAGAGGUGUACUUGCGGUCGUACCUCACGCCGUGCAUCAAUGACUGCGGGACAUAUGGGCAGUGCAAACUCCUUCGCACUAACAACUACCUAUAUGCAGCAUGCGAAUGCAAAGCAGGAUGGAACGGCUGGGGAUGCACAGACAACUCGGAGGCCUACUCUUACGGAUUCCAGCUGCUCUCCACCCUGCUGCUGUGCCUCAGUAACCUGAUGUUUGUCCCACCCGUGGCCAUUGCUGUCCGCAGUCACUACCUACUGGAGGCCUCCGUCUACAUCUUCACAAUGUUCUUCUCCACAUUCUACCAUGCCUGUGACCAGCCUGGGAUUGUGGUGUUCUGCAUCAUGGAAUAUGAUGUGCUGCAGUUUUGUGAUUUCCUCGGCUCCCUCAUGUCUGUAUGGGUCACGGUGAUCGCCAUGGCCAGACUCAAGUCCAUUAUAAAGCAGGUGCUCUACCUGCUGGGGGCGAUGCUGCUGUCCAUGGCUCUGCAGCUGGACAGACACGGCCUGUGGAACCUGCUGGGACCCAGCCUCUUCGCUCUGGGCAUCAUGGCUGUUGCCUGGACGGUGCGGACCAUUAGGAGGAGACGCUGCUACCCACCCACUUGGAAGAGAUGGGUCUUCUUCCUCUUCCCGGGCGCCAUGAUUGCCAUAUCUGCCGUGGCCCUCUAUGCCUUUGUGGAGACAGAGGAGAACUAUUUCUACAUUCACAGCAUCUGGCACAUGCUGAUUGCGGGCAGCGUGGGCUUCCUGCUCCCGCCUCGCGCCAAGCCUGACGGCAAGGCGACACCUAUAAAGAGGAGGAAGGGUUGCGGCUACCAGCUGUGCGUCAAUGAACAUGAGGAGAUGGGCUUGGUGGACCCUGCCAUCAUCUCCAUCAACAGCAUCUGUACAAGUUGAUAGUCUUGGCUCCAAAGACAAUUUACUGCCUUGUUUUAUUUGGAAUUAAUGGAAAAAAGCCAGAGAACUCGAAACACGAUGUAAAUAAUAAAGUUUUAUUAUGUUAUUACCGUUACUAUGAUCUUUACUAUCAUGAUGAUUUGUGUUCGUACGGCCAGGCAUUUUGUACAUACACUGUAAAUUUUAAGAAUUUGAGCUGAUCACUGCUGCUAAUUGACGGUGACUGUAAAAUCGUGUAAUUUAUUUACUAUUUGUGUUUUCCAUAAAGGCCAACUGUCGAGUUGCGUUUGGACUAGGAGGAAAAACUCUUACAAGGGCAUGGCUUUUUCUUUUUAAUAUAUCUUUUGCACUAAGACACAGCAAUGUGAUUCUGUACAUUUUUUAUAAAUAUGUAUAAAUCUUUAGGUGUCAGUAUGUGUAACUAAGUAACAGCUGUGUUUGUCAUAUGUGGGAUUGUUUGCUGGAUUGCGCUGUAUAGAACUGGUGCUUUGGAUAUAUUGUACUGUAUAUACAGCAGUGGAUGAGGGUGUUGUCUACAGUAAAGAAACGGAAGGCAUUUCGAAGGUUUAUUUCAAAGGUCUUUGGUGAAGAGCUGAGUGUUCUCUUUCUUCUGGACGGAAGGGUCGUGUCUCAGACCAACAUCAGUGGA